AUGUCUAGACUAGAACCUGAUUUAGAGAAAGCAAUUAAAAAAGCUUGUUCUCCAGACGAAAGUGCUCCAAAAAGAAAACAUGUUCGUACGUGCAUUGUUUACACUUGGGACCAUAAGAGUGCCAAAGCGUUCUUCAAAAUUUUAAAACAACAACCCUUUUCUGAAAAUGGUGACGAAGUCCAAUUAUUUAAGGCGUUGAUCACUUUACACAAAGUUUUACAGGAGGGUCAUAAAAGUGCCUUGAUUGAAGGUAUUAGAAACAUGGAAUGGCUUAGAAACCUGGGAAGAAUCUAUGGUGGCCAGGGAAUUUAUGGCAGGCUAAUAUCUGAAUACAUCCAUUUCCUAUUGAUGAAAUUGCAAUUCCAUAGAACUCAUGAUGGAUUCAACGGUACUUUUGAGUACGAAGAAUAUGUUUCUUUAGUUACUGUUUCUAAUCCAGACGAAGGUUAUGAAACCAUUUUAGACUUGAUGAACUUACAAGACUCUUUAUUCGAUUUUGAAAAAACUAUCUUUGGUGCCAUUGAAAGUGGUCGUUCAAAGCAUAACGAAUGCAAAAUUAGUGCUUUUAUCCCACUUGUUUCUGAAUCUUAUGGCAUUUAUAAAUUCAUUACCUCAAUGCUAAGGGCUAUGUACCAGCAACUGGGAAGUGAGGAGGCUUUGACUCCAUUAAGAGAAAGAUUUGAUUCACAGCACUAUAUGCUAUUUGAAUUUUACGCGGAUUGUUCCUCUAUUAAAUAUUUAACUUCUUUAAUUACCAUUCCCAGAUUACCAGUUGAUCCCCCCAAUGUUUUUGUUGUUGAUAAUGAACAGCCACAGUUGAAAUUUGAACCUAAAGAAAAAAGUAUAUCUCCACCACCAUCUGUUGAACCUCAAGUGGCUAGCUAUGCUAUCGAGUCCGAAAGGAACUUGUCACCCCAAAAAACUGCUGCCUCAAAUUUUUUGUCUCCACAAUUAACUUCUGGUUAUGCUUUACCCCCAGCAAUGGCUGUUCAACCCACUGGCGCUGAUUUCUGGGUGGCUCAACAAAAACAAUUUGAACAAGAACAACAGAGAUUAGAACAAGAACGUCAAAGACAACUAUUACUACAACAACAGCAACAGGCCAUUUUUCAGGAACAACAGAGAAAGUUGCAGGAGGAACAACAAAGAAAACUAGAAUCCGAGAAACAACAACAACAACAACAAAUGUUACUACAACAACAACAAACUCAAAAUGCCCAUUUAUCAUCGAUGCAAAACGAUUUAUUAACUCUAAAGAAUCAGUACGACCAGGAUCAACAAUUACUACAACAAUAUGACCAAAGAGUUGCCCAGCUAGAAACUGAGAUUAAUGAUAUUAAUCAAAAUGCUUCUCAACAGAUCGCUAACAAGGAUCAACAAUUAAGCAAUAUUCAAGAUCAAUUUAACCAAUGGAAGAAUAAAUAUGAAUCAUUAGCCAAAUUGUAUUCCCAAUUACGUCAAGAACACUUGCAAUUAUUAACUAAAUUUAAAAAAUUACAACAAAAAGCAGCAAGCGCCCAAGAGGCUGUGGAAAAACGUGAAAAAUUAGAAAGAGAUUUGAAAUCUAAAAAUAUAGAAUUGGCAGAUUUGAUUCGUGAAAGAGACAGAGCUAGAUUGGAUGCCGACAAGAUUAAAGGUUCUAAAGACAAUGAAAUAGACCAACUGUCCAUUCAAGUUCGUGAGUUGAAAAGAAAGCUCCAGGAUAUUGAAAACUCUCAUGCUCAAAAUUUAAGUAAAAUUUUUAAACAACAUGAAGCAGAAUUACAGAAUUACCAGGAUAAACUGGCUAAUUCAACUGUUGAUGCACACGCCUCUGGCGAACUUUUGCAAUUAAGAAGGCAAAUACAGGAUAAAGAGGAAGAAAUGGAAAUUGUCCAACAAACUAUGGAUGAAACUUUGAAAGAGUUAGCGGAACAACAAAAGGAAAAUGAUCAUGCUUUGGAUGAACAGAUUGAUGAGGUUUUGAAGGCAAACUUGAAAAAAUUGACCGACAUUGUCGAUGCGAUUUUAUUAUCUGGUAUGAAAACAAUUCAAGAUUCAGUUUUCCAGCUACAAUCUGCUACUCAAGCGGGUAAUGCAAAUGCUUCUCCAAAUUAUGUUCUGUCUUUAUUGGAAAAGGCAAGCGAUGAGGCUACCAAUUUUGCCAAUUCAUUUAAUAAUUUCAUUGCCGACGGUCCAAAUGGUGAUCACUCGUCGAUCAUAUCCUCAGUCUCCGAAUUUUCUAGUGCCAUCUCUGAGUUGGUGUUGAACUGUAAAGGCUUGAACAGAUUAUUAGAUUUAAAUAAAGUUGAUGGAUUUUUGCAACUUAUUGCUAGAGUCGCUAGAGAAGCUGAAUAUUUCUUGGAAGAUUUGUUGAGUGACGCUUUGGAAGGCAAAAGCGACGAGGAAAAGACGGAUAUUGUUAUUAACGGAAACGUAGAUAUGCAGGAAAAAUUGAAAGAGCUAACUGAUACCAUCGAUUCAUUAAGUCCUAACAGUAAAAUGAACAUGAACGGAGAUGUUGCCUCGGUAGUUGAUAGGGAAAUGAAACAAACCCAACAAACUAUCAUCGACGCCUCCCAAUACAUUCCACAUUUACUAGCCACAGGAAAUUUUAGUGGCGAAUUGGAGGUCAAUAAAGAUAUUUUAAAUAAUGCCCUGGACAUUAUACAAGCUAUUUUGAAAUUGAUUAAAAGCUCUAUUGCAUGUCAGAACGAAAUUGUUGGCGAGGGAAAGGGCCAUGACUCUAGAUCAGCAUUUUACAAGAAAAACAAUAGAUGGACCGAAGGUUUAAUAUCUGCAGCUAAGUCAGUGGCACAUUCAACAAGAAAUUUGAUUACCAUGGCGGAUGGUUUGCUAAACAAUAAAAAUUCUUUUGAAGAAUUUAUUGUCGCUUCCAACGAUGUUGCAGCAUCCACCGUUCAAUUAGUGGCCGCUUCAAGGGUGAAAUCCUCCUUACAUUCAAAAACGCAAAUGGUUUUGGAAGAUGACAGUAAAAAUGUUAACCAUUGUUGUAAAAAGUUGGGCGAACACAUUCAAAAUUUGAUCAACAAAAGACAUGUGUCCGAAAAGGAUGUAGAUUUUUCAAAGUUAAGUAUUCAUGAAAACAAAACUACAGAAUUGAACCAACAAGUGGAAAUCUUGAAAUUGGAAAAUGCUUUAGAAAGAGCUAGAAAAAGAUUGGGUGAUAUUAGAAAAUAUAGCUAUAGAGAUAACGAAGACGAAUAUGUAAUUACAAAUUGA